ACUCUUGUAUUUUAUUUUGGAUUGUUUAAGUUUAUAAGUUGUAAGAACUUGCAUAGUUAUUGUUAUACUUUUACUAGGAAUUACAUAGAAAUUUUGAUACAGUCUAGUAAGACAUUAAUGGUCUAAUAUCUAAUAAUUAUAAAUAGAAUAUAUAAUUAUAAUGAGGAUAAAUAAAGAAUGUAUAUUACCUAUAAUUAUAGGAAGUUUAACAUUAUUUAAUAAUGCGGUGAAUGCUAUUUGGUUAGAUACUAAUAAUGUUACCACUAUUAUUGAAGCAACAGCUUUAAUAGCUCAAGGUACUCUUGAUUAUUAUGAGGGUUAUAAAGUUGGUGGAACAAUAGGUAUGUUUACGGCUCCUUAUUAUUGGUGGGAAGCUGGUGGAGCUUGGGGUUCACUUAUUGAUUAUACUUAUUUCAUGCAAAAUGAUACAUUAGUUCCAACUAUUAAAGCGGCAUUAUUAUAUCAAACUGGUCAAGAUAAUAAUUAUAUCCCAUUAAAUCAAUCAACUACUGAAGGUAAUGAUGAUCAAGGGUUUUGGGGUAUUGCAGUUAUGGGUGCAGCAGAAAGAAAUUUUUCUAAUCCUGAAAAACCUGAACAAGCAUGGUUAACUUUAACUCAAGCAGUUUUUAAUACUAUGGCUGCUAGAUGGGAUGAAGCUGAAUGUAAUGGAGGUUUAAGAUGGCAAAUUUUUCAAUGGAAUUCUGGUUAUGAUUACAAGAAUUCCGUAUCAAAUGGAUGUCUUUUCCAUAUUGGUGCUAGAUUAGCUAGAUUUACUGGUAAUGAUACUUAUGUAGAUUGGGCAGAAAAAGUUUGGGAUUGGAUGUAUGGUGUUGGAUUUUUAACUGAAGGAGAUUGGUGGUUUGUUUAUGAUGGUGCACAAAUUGAAAGUAAUUGUACUAAUAUUACUAAAUAUCAAUGGACUUAUAAUCAAGGGUUAAUGUUAGCUGGUUGUGCUUAUCUUUACAAUUAUACUCAGGAUGAAAAAUGGUUAAAUCGUACAUUAAAUUUAUUAAAUGGUGCACAAGUCUUUUUCAAUAAUAGUAUUAUGUAUGAAGCAGCUUGUCAACCAUCAAAUAAUUGUAAUAAUGAUCAAAGAUCAUUUAAAGCUUAUUUCUCAAGAUUUUUAGGUGCCACUUCAAUUCUUGUACCUCAAACUUAUGAUAUAAUUAGAAAUUGGUUAGUAACAUCUGCCAAUGCCGCUGCUCGGUCAUGUUCUGGAGGUACUGAUGGACAUACUUGUGGAUUAAAUUGGUUCGUUGGAGCUUGGGAUGGAUAUUAUGGACUUGGAGAACAAAUAUCCGCAUUAGAAGUUAUACAAAACUUACGGGUAGGUGAUUUACCGGGUCCAUUAACGGCUCAUACUGGUGGAUCAUCAGAAGGUAACCCUGCUGCCGGUUAUGGAACCAUUCAAACAAAUGCUUCACCAUUAAAAUUAAAUUCUGGAGACUUGGCCGGAGCCGGAAUCAUUACUGCCAUUAUCGGAGUAUCAUUAAUUGCCUCAGGUUUAUGGUUAAUUAUCUAGUCUAGAAUCGUAGUAGUUAGUCUUAUGUACAUUACUGUUAACAAAAAAGUAGUAGUACGCUCCUGCAUGCAGAUGCACCACCCACCCCAAUAAUGAGUGCCACAAAUAAAACCCGAUAGCCACUAACUAAUACAUACUAAGCAU